GAAUGUAUUUUCAAGAAAACAUCCGACAAUACAGCCUUGCGAGUCUUCUGGAAUGGGGAUUUCCGUGUCACUAACUGCCACGACUGCUGCCAUCGGUGGUACUUUACCUUCAAUGGUGCAGAAUGCUCGUCCCCGGCAGCCAUUGAUGGUGUAUUUUUAGUGUAUCACAGCACUAGCUGGAAAAAGAAUCCACAUCGCCCACGUCACAUCGAAGGAAUCUGCGAGAAGCUCCGUAAGGGAACGGUCCGCGUGGGAUUCUGGGUCGGUAAGUGCGCUGGUGGUCUCAAAACUGGCGACGCGGCUACAGGCUGGAACUCAGUCUCCAAGAUCUACAUAGAAGAGGUGGCUCCCCCACAGUCGUAA